GGAUCUCCUGGAAUUAGAGUUACAGACAGUUGUGAGCUGUUCAGUGUGAGUGCUAGGAGCCAAACUGAGGUACUCUGGGAGGGCAGUGUGCACUAUUAACCACUGAGCCAUCUCUCUGCCCCAUUAAUGGUUUAGUACUUUUAUGUGUAUGUAUAUAUGUAAGUAUAUGUCUUUGGGGGUUUAUGUUCACCACAUGUGCAUAAGAGUCGGUGGAAGCUACAAGAGGAUGUUAGCUCCCCUGGAAGUGGAGUUACAGUGGAUUGUGAGCUGUCAUAUGGGUUCUGGAAACAGAACCUUGGCUUCUCCAAAUGUAGCAGUCUUAACUAUUUCUCCAGCCCCAAAUUGCUAUAAUUUCUUCCUUAAAUUAUCAAGCUAUCUAGGCAUGCUACUUUGUUUUGGAAGUUUAGUUAUUAUUGAUCAAGUUUCUUUAGCAGAUCAGCCUUUUCCCCUGGUCUAUCUGAUGGAACUACAUGGUAGGUUCUGACAAAAAUCACACCAUGUAAUAACAGAUCUCACAUGGGAAGUUUAUGAAAAGGGAGGGGAAAGAAGAGAUGGAAAAAUGUGGCCUUUUAUCAGGCUGUGUAGCAUGCACAAGAGGACAGGUGACAGGGUUGAUAAUUUGUCGCCUCUGGAAAGUUAAUGAUGAUAUGUCUUAAUGUCACCUUAUCCCUUGAAAGUUGGCUAAGAAGAUGCCUGAUUGCAGUCAUUGUCGUGGGGUCCCUUUUGGCUGUCUGGAGGUGCCUGAUUGCUAACACUAUCGCUUAUCUAAAUUAUUCAAGUUUGUGGGAUACUAUAUGAAUCUUAAGACUGUAAUAAGGUGGCAAUGUCUCGGGAACCUACUCCACCUCUGCCUGGAGAUAUGUCUACUAGUCCUGUUGCAGAAAGCUGGUGUUACACACAGGUUAAAGUAGUGAAAUUUUCCUACAUGUGGACUAUUAAUAACUUCAGUUUUUGUAGAGAAGAAAUGGGUGAAGUGUUAAAGAGUUCAACGUUUUCUUCAGGCCCAAAUGAUAAAAUGAAAUGGUGCCUGAGGGUAAACCCAAAGGGAUUAGAUGAUGAAAGUAAAGACUAUUUGUCCUUAUAUUUGCUCCUAGUCAGCUGCCCAAAAAGUGAGGUUCGAGCUAAAUUCAAAUUCUCUCUUCUCAAUGAUAAAAGGGAAGAAACAAAAGCAAUGGAAAGCCAAAGAGCAUAUCGAUUUGUACAGGGGAAGGACUGGGGAUUUAAAAAAUUCAUUAGAAGGGAUUUUUUGCUUGAUGAAGCUAAUGGUCUCCUUCCAGAUGACAAGCUUACGUUAUUCUGUGAGGUGAGUGUGGUCCAAGAUUCAGUAAAUGUAUCAGGACAUACUAAUACAAACACUUUGAAGGUGCCAGAAUGCCGACUAGCAGAAGAUUUAGGUAAUCUCUGGGAAAACACAAGAUUUACAGAUUGCUGCUUUUUUGUGAGAGGAAAAGAAUUCAAAGCUCAUAAGUCUGUGCUUGCAGCUCGAUCCCCAGUUUUUAACGCAAUGUUUGAACAUGAAAUGGAAGAAUGCACAAAGAAUCGAGUGGAAAUAAAUGAUUUAGACCCUGAGGUUUUUAAAGAAAUGAUGAGAUUUGUUUACACAGGAAAAGCACCGAAUCUUGAUAAAAUGGCUGACAACUUGUUGGCAGCUGCAGACAAAUAUGCACUGGAACGGCUGAAGGUCAUGUGUGAAGAAGCUUUGUGUAGUAACCUCUCAGUAGAAAAUGUUGCUGAUACCCUUGUCCUUGCAGAUUUGCACAGUGCAGAACAGUUGAAAGCCCAGGCAAUAGACUUUAUUAAUAGGUGCAGUGUUCUUCGACAACUUGGGUGUAAGGAUGGGAAAAACUGGAACAACAACCAAGCAACUGACAUAAUGGAAACAUCGGGGUGGAAGUCCAUGAUUCAGUCUCAUCCUCAUUUAGUGGCAGAAGCGUUCCGAGCACUCGCAUCUUCACAGUGUCCACAGUUUGGUAUUCCACGCAAAAGGUUAAAGCAGUCUUGAGUCUUCUGUGGACAGUAGAAAAUGUAUUUGCCUUUCCUCCCCCAGGUCCCGAAGGAUUCCAAUACAGACCAUAAGUAACAGUCGCUUCUGUCUCUUGUCCAUAGAACAGAAGCGGGAAAGGCAUUCUUGCUUUCACAUGGAUAAUUUAUGGUUUAUCCUUCAGCUUUAAAUCUGACUGAUUCAUUCACUUCAAGGCCUUAAACUGUCUUCCGUGACUUCUCUUGUUCAUAGAAUAGUUUAAUUUUUUUUAUUGUGCCUUGUCAGUUUGCCAAGGCUAUGCAGGAUUGCACUAGCUCCACAAUGCAGUAAUAUUGAUAACUGAUAAUACUGAGUUUCAAAGGAUCUUCCAUUAUUUUAGAAACAGAAGUAUUUUAUAGGUUUUGUUCUGUAUGAUCUCCAAGUAUAAAACUAGGUUCUAUUGGAUUUUGAGAUUGCCACAGGUACCUCCAAUCUCAGUUGUGUAGACACUAAAGAGCCCGUUGCCAUCCAGGUAAGUGAUGGCCAUACACUGCUCUGAUUUAAAUUAUUUUUCAUUUCAAGGAGCAGAUAAGCAAUGAGUUGACCUAAAAUUUUAGUAACAUUUGUUUAGUAAUAUGUGUUUGUCUGUAUAUUAACUGCUCAAGAACUGGUUUUAUGCACAUUUGUAAAGAUUGAAAAAUAAUAUGAAGUUAAAAUUUCAAUAAAAAGAAAGCAUGNUUUUUGUUAAUGUUUUAAAUUUAUAAUGACUUACAUUUGAAAGAAAAAUUCAAUAGAUGUUAAAGUCAGGAUGACCAAGUACAUGGAAUGAGUGAGUGGGCCAAGUAAGCAAGAUAUAUGUGCACUUUUAAUGUGGAAAUUUUCUAUGAUAAAUGGUACAUAUAUAUUUUCCUUUUUCGUGGAUUAAUAAGAUUUUAAUUAUGUUUUAACAUUUAAAAGAAGUUUUUAUGACACAUGGAGCCAACGUGGAUAUUCAUGAUAAUAGAUAAAAUUACACUUGAUUUUAGAUUCAUUGACUUGGAUUUCAAAUAUUUAUUUAUCAUUGAGUUUACUAUAGUUUUAUUACAUUUGAGGAAGGCACCUAACAAACUAGUCCUAUAUAGUCCUAUACUCUACAUAAAGACGGAGCAUGUUAGUGGAAAAACGGGUGUAUAUGCUUGUAUUUUGCGUAUAUAGCUUUAUUCCCUAUAUUAAAAUUUGUGUAAUUUGUUUAUUAUAAAAUUCAGGAAAAAAGUAAGCAUUUUUUUUUUUUGGUUUAUGCAACUUUAUUGAAGAAAAAUAAAUCAAUUACUAGGAGAGCUAUUAGUUGAUCACUCAUCCAUUGACAACUCGCAUCAUUUAUUCAGUGCUACUAUAACAGUAUUGGAAGAUAGAUUCAUCUAACAAUUUAAAUGAAAAUUACAAAAUGUUUGAGACCCUAUUUUGGAAUACAAAGAAUGUUUGACUUCCAAUUUCCAUUCUCUGUAGAACAAGAACAGGUCAUUCCUUUAUUGACAUGCAUAAAAUACAUCACAUUUUCUGUUCUGCUGAUGCUAUAAUGCAAUACCAAUUCUCCAGCCACAUCAGUUAUGAGCAUAAAGUAUAUCAUGUAACAUCAAACCUCUAACAGUGNAAGGUUUAAACAAGAACGNAUGCUGUUAGAAUAAUGCUGCUUCCUUUGAUGUGACAGCUGAGCAUCCAUCUCCCUCCCCCUCAGAUGGCUUCUUCAGCAUGUUAGAGCAGUGAGGAUUGGUUUAGUCUCAUA